AUGACCGUUGCGAACGAGCCAGUGGACAAUUCCAAAGAACGUGUUUCCUCUUUGGCCCCGACAGACGUAAACAGUUGCCGUUCAGCCUCUGGAAUGCCCGAAGUUUUUUCGGGUGAUAGAAAUUCCAAUAGCAACACUCCAGUUUCACAACAAAAUGAUAAAAAUUAUAAUAGUCGCCUCGCUUUGAUAUCGGAAGAUUCUUAUCGAGCCACACCUUUUAUUGAAGCCUUGCAAGAACUCAUCGCCGCGGCUCAAUCCAUUUUGGAUACCUCGCUCUCUGAUUUAUUGACCAAUCCGACACAUUGCGAAGAUAUCGUCCGCAAGGUACAGCAGCAAGGCCGGCAUUGGGAUGACAAUCCUGACUGGCCGUGCCGACGCUACUAUGUGACCUUGUUGCUAGCUCUUGCAGAUCUGACGCGAUUGGUGCGCUUGUGGGAAGCUGAGAAGGGAUUUUGGAAUCUCAGAGACGAAGAAGAAGUUGGUAAUGAUACUUUACGCGGCAUCAAGUUUGUAUUUCAUACGGGAACCGAUCAGGACGAGGACGAUGUAAAGGGAAGCGCUGUGGAAGACGUUGAUACAGCUGAAGAUGUAGAGGAAGCAAUAAGAGAGGAUGAAGAUCUUCAAGAAGCCGCCAAACAGGGGCAGAGUAUGAACGUCAUUAUGGACUUGAGUUUGUCUGAUUGUAGAAUCAUGUAUCUCAGCCCUUCAUGGAAUUCGGUGGUGGGUUCGGAUCCUCGGCAGGUUCUGGAGCAACCUAUUGCACAAUUUCUAGCUCCCGAUGAUGCUGACGUGUUUGCAAAGGCGACGGAACAGCUUUUACAAGAUUUUUCGAGAUCACUUGAAAUAAAAUUCCGGUUAAAGCCAUCCGAUUUCGAUGCCUAUUUUUCAGAUACUGAAGAAGAUGAUGACGAAUUUUCUUAUUUGGAAAUGGAAGGGAAAGGAAUAAUCGUGUAUGAUCGAGCCACUAGGAUUGCUAGCCGUACAAUCUGGGUCAUAAAGCCGAUCGAUGACGGUCUUUGGGAGGCCGAUAAGAAAGAGGCUGAACAUAUGUCAAACAUAAGUGAAGAAGCAGGCGAUAAUAAUAUGAUGUGGCAUCAAUAUCAACGUAUUCCCACAUCACCGUCCGCACAUAAUUUGGAUGCGCCAGAGCCGCCAGAUGGGGUUGACUCGUACUAUGAGCAGCCGAGGAGUGAGUGUUCCGAGACAGAAACACAGUCAAAACCAGUUUUAUGCCAUAUCUGCGAACGACAUAUUCCGCCUAUAUUUUUUGAAAGACAUUCUGCGGCCUGUGCAGACUUGAAUCGUGCGACAAUGGAUGUGGCAAUGUGCAAUGAUGGUAUCGGUGAAUUGAAGGGACAGAUUCGAUCGAUGAUGCAAGAGAACAUUGGUGUUUCGGAACAACAAUCGGCAACGCACAAUCGAGACCAAAAACAGAUAGAGCAUGAUGCGUUAUCAUCUAUGAAUGACAUUCUUAAUGUAGCAUUAGAAAUAUCCACUCCCGAGUCAAAAGACGAGUCUGACGAUAAUAAACGACUGGCUUUAAUUUCGCCUAGAUCUGAAUCCAACAUAGCUAGUAUAUUGAGUUGGAAACCACCUGUUUUGAACGCUAUACCAAUGUCCGAACUAGCCGUUGACGUCGAGACAGUCAUACGAGGAAAGGUUGAGGCCGUGAACAAUCUUAAAUCUGCCAUAGACAAGUUUGAAGAGAUUCGCAUGGCAAUUGAAGAAUAUACGAACAGCAAGGGUAUCUCUUCACAAGACGAUGGCAUACAAUUUAGUUACGAUGAUCCUGACACAAAGUUGCCGUCGAUUGCAAGUGAAGUGGAUACCGAACUAUCUAUACCCACUAUUGAUACAUAUGAUGCUGAUAGUUCUUUGCAAGUUGACGCAGACAUCGGUCAGGAAACUGGUGAAUGCCAAACGGUUGGGCAGAAUAUGAGCCCCAGAAUUGCGGAACCUAAAGACUCAACGGACAUUAUUGACGCCAGAUCGUCAGCUUCUCCGCCAACAUCAUCUCCAAGAAUGUCGUCAAAACCAUCUCAACCGAGUAUCAAGGAUUUCGAAAUCAUAAAACCAAUUAGUAAAGGUGCCUUUGGCUCGGUGUAUUUGUCAAAAAAGCGCACAACGGGGGAUUACUAUGCCAUCAAAGUGUUGAAAAAAUCAGAUAUGAUUGCAAAGAAUCAGGUCACCAAUGUAAAGGCUGAAAGAAUGAUUCUCAUGACGCAGACAGAUUCUCCGUUUGUCGUCAAACUGUAUUUUUCAUUUCAAAGCAAGGACUAUUUAUAUUUAGUAAUGGAAUAUCUUAAUGGAGGCGAUUGUGCUGCACUUGUAAAGGCUAUCGGAGGACUACCAGAAGACUGGGCAAGAAAGUACUUGGCCGAAGUAGUAUUGGGUUUAGAAUAUCUGCAUAAUAGAGGAAUCGUUCACAGAGAUCUCAAGCCAGAUAAUUUACUGAUUGAUCAAAACGGACAUUUGAAAUUAACCGACUUUGGACUAUCGCGAAUAGGUUUUCUUGGAAGACAGACGCGCAACGAGUCGGUGGCAAAUGAUGGCAAAGGGCACAAGAGAUGGCCGUCUCGUAUGUCAUCUUUUGACGCUUCAUCAUCGUCACCCACGACACCAGACUCUAUGAAUUCCCAUCCUUUCCCCCAGUCGUAUUUUGGAUUGCUUCUAUCACAUAACAAGAGGAGUUCCGUAUGCAGUAGCGGUUCCGCCGAAAACAGUUUUAUCGGAACAACGAGUGCAGCUCAAAGUGCCCCAGAUACACCAAGCAGCCCUGCUGGAAGUACACCGCUAAAGUCGGGAUUUUUUGAUGAAUUACAGAAUUCUACGCCAAUGUCAGCAAAUUCGCUCUCUACAAGUAUCUCGACAAACAAUCAUGUAUAUAUUAAUCCUGAAAAACAAGAAUCAACCAAGAACUUUGUGGGGACGCCUGAUUAUUUGGCACCAGAGAGUAUAUUGGGCAUGGAAAAAAAUGACAUGGUUGACUGGUGGGCUUUAGGCGUGAUAUGUUACGAAUUCCUCUACGGUAUACCACCAUUCCACGCAGAAACACCCGAGAAAGUAUUUGAAAAUAUACUUUCCAGAAAAAUAGAGUGGUACGAUGAUGUAGAAAUUUCCUGGCAAGCUCGAGAUUUCAUAGAGCGCCUUUUAUGUAUGAAUGCGGAAGAUCGUCUAGGUGCUAAUGGUGCCAAUGAAGUGAAAUCUCAUCCAUUUUUCAAGGGCAUAAACUGGGAGACUAUAUUAAAUGAGCCAGCCGAUUUUGUUCCGCAACCAAAGGAUAUGGAAGAUACAGAUUACUUUGAUGGUCGGGGCGCACAGACAGCUCAAUUUAACGACGUUGAAGAGCUGAUGCCAGCUGUUAAAACAGAGGAGAUUCGUAAGAAAAAUCAUGUUGGGCCGGAAACCGCCGACUUGGGCGAAGGAGAACUCAAAGAACAAGAGAAUGUGGAUGAUUUCGGGACAUUUGUUUAUAAAAAUCUACCCGUUUUGGAAAAAGCCAACCUUGACAUCAUUCGAAGGUUGCGUUCUGAUUUUGGUAAUCUUAAUUUGGACAAUGGUAAUGGUAAAAUCCGCCAGAUGCUGAUACCACCCAGGUCGCAACGCCCUCGACUGGGGUCCAUGUCAGAAAUACGUCCCAGUAAUGGUUCACCCACCCUCUCCACUAGCUCAAUAUCAAGUGGAUCUCAAAUAGGCCCAUCGUCACCGUUGUCGCCAGUAUUACAAGGUGAAAAUUCCGAUUCGCGGUCCGGCGAUAGUCAGGCCCCGCUAAGCUACGUUAGACAUGUUGUCAAAGAAAAGCAUCGUCGCAAUUCGCUCCCAACACGAUUAAGAAUCCCCUUAUUGGGCAAUGUGGACCGAUCUGCAGCCUUAUCGGAUACUCCACGCCUAAAUAGAACUCGACACGAGUCGAUAAGCCGUGCGCCCUCUAUCACCAGAGAUAGUCAUCCAAGAUCGAACAAUGUAAUCCAAUCUAUAUCCCGAAACAUGCGAAUAUCCAGACGUCCACUGGACUGUUUGGUAGCCGAAGACAAUCCCAUAAGUGCCAAGAUAAUGGAAACAAUUCUAUCUAAAUUGAACUGUCGUUGUGUUGUUGUCAGAAAUGGGGCAGAGGCUGUUAGAUGCGCUCUGGGAGAUGUUAAAUUUGAUAUUAUCUUCAUGGACAUUCGUAUGCCUAUAAUCGAUGGUGAACUAGCCACGCGUAUGAUUAAAUCUACAAAAAACAUUAACAUGACUACACCAAUAGUUGCUGUUACCGCAUAUGAGCAUAAUGCUGGAAUAUCAAGGACUUUCGACGAUGUUAUUAGUAAGCCUGUUGAAAAGAACAAAAUUUUAUCUGAACUUGAACAUUUUUGCUAUUGUAAUUCGGGCGGAUGA